AUGAUGUCAAUCGCUUCCUUGAUGAACUUAGCACAUAGAUUAGCGGCAUCUGCGGUUGUGACGGCCCAGUUUAUUCUCAAGUCUGAGGCUAUCAUUAUUUCAAACCCAAAAUUUGCCAAUCUAUUUUUAACUGAAAAUGUCUCAACACAAAAGAUUUCAUUGAUGUCUAUAAAGGCCAACCAUUAA